AGACGUCAUCGGCGGAGGGAUAGAUAGCUGUGAGAGACAGAACAGAGAGAGCAGUGCUGGCAGAGGACUUCUAGUACUAUCCGCUGCGGACAGAAAGUGGAGGGCGAAAACUCGAAACGACAGCUUGCCGUAUGCCAAUGUGCAAAAUUAUACAGUUUCGGUAGAGGCCAAGGGAUCGAGAGUCAGUCGCAGAAGAUUUGAGCUUCGGUCAUCUGAAAGAGGAGUGUAUAAAGAUGUCGUCUCCAAGUCCGGGCAAAAGACGAAUGGACACCGACGUGGUGAAGCUUAUCGAGAGUAAACAUGAAGUCACAAUCCUGAGUGGACUCAAUGAAUUUGUAGUGAAGUUUUAUGGACCACAAGGAACACCGUAUGAAGGGGGCGUAUGGAAGGUGCGAGUAGAUCUUCCAGACAAAUACCCCUUCAAAUCACCCUCUAUAGGAUUUAUGAAUAAGAUUUUUCAUCCGAACAUUGAUGAAGCGUCAGGGACAGUGUGUUUAGAUGUGAUCAACCAGACAUGGACCGCUCUUUAUGAUCUCACCAAUAUCUUCGAGUCGUUUUUGCCACAGUUGCUGGCCUACCCGAACCCCAUCGACCCUCUGAACGGGGACGCCGCAGCCAUGUACCUACACCGACCAGAGGACUACAAACAGAAAAUCAAAGAAUACAUCCAGAAAUAUGCAACAGAGGAGGCUCUGAAGGAGCAGGAGGAAGGAGCGGGCGACUCCUCUUCAGAAAGCUCCAUGUCUGACUUUUCAGAGGACGAAGCUCAGGACAUGGAGUUGUAGUUAAGGGUGACCGUUUCCCCCCUUUACCACAGAGACUAUAUUAUUUCCUAACCAUGCGAAGCAGACUAUAAAAGAUUCAUAUUUAAACAAGAGAUGUCCAUUCGGAGCAGGUAAUACAUGAUGCAAAAGGUGUUUGGGAUUGAAGGGAGUUUUUUUAUUUUUUAUUUUACAUAUUUAGUGGCAGGGGUGGAAUAAAUAAGUGUGUCCUUUUUGUGUUUUGCACCCAUAAGCCCCCAGUGCUUACACACGCACACAAACCUCAACAUACACACACAUCCAGGGGACAGCAGUUAUUAAUGUUGUGGUCUCCAGCUGUAUGUUUGCCUGAGAGAGAGGAAGAAGUGGCCACAGAGGCUCCCCCUGCUGGCCUUCUCAGCUAAUGCAUCGCGUCUCUUGCGUUUGUGUUGAUGAACUCUCCAGUGCUCUUUGCAUGCGUCCGGUGUUGAGUCCAGUCUAGUUCAGUCCUGGCUGUCCACUCCUCUAGUCCUUUAUACCUGGGCUUCAAGAGGGUGCUCAGACAUGGGGCUUAUGUGGGCACACAGCAAGUUAUUUUUUUAUAUAUAUAUAUAGUAUCUGUAUCUGGUACCUAUGUGUGAUCUGCUGAUUAAAAUUUUUUUUUUCUUUUUUUUUUUUUUUAUCCCAGGUAUUAUGGUAAUUUGCCAUUUUAUUUCCUUAUCCAUUAAUCUUACUCUUUAUUUUUGUGAUUUUUGUUUUUCUUUUGCAUUGUGAAGUGGGCAUGCCUGUCACAAAAGACAAAUGCUCUUUAUCUAUAGGAUUAUAAUCUCUUAAAUAGCUGUGUACAGUAAACUGUAAUAUCUUCUUUUUUUAAUAAAAUAUUAAAUGUGUACAAA